CGCGCCACAGACAUGAGACUCCCCUCAGCACUCGCCCUGACGGCGACGCUCGCCUUUAGCAGUGCCGCUUCCGCUCAGUUGGUCGACGCCAACCUGGUCGGCACAUGGGCCACCAAGGGCAACAAGACCUUGACCGGUCNNCCCUUCUUCGACCCCGUCAACGACAACCUGAUCGAGCCCGCGCGACCGGGCAUUUCCUACUCCUUUACAUCUGAUGGUUUCUACGAAGAAGCAUACUACCGCGCCAUCUCGAACCCCGCCAACCCCUCAUGCCCUGGCGCCAUCAUGCAAUGGCAACACGGUAGCUACGUGAUCGGCAGCGACGGUUCCAUUACCAUGACACCCAUCGCCGUCGACGGUCGCCAACUACUCUCGCAACCCUGCCAGGGCAGCCACUCCAUUUACACGCGCUACAACACUACCGAGAAGAUGAAGGCAUACCGCGUCUACACCGAUCCCUACCACGGCAUCGCCCGCCUCGAUCUUACCGAGUUCGACGGCAAAAUCAUGCAACCCAUGUACCUCGUCUACUCUCCUCCCCAAAUGCUGCCCACCCAGACUCUCAAUCCCACUCUCGCUGCCGGCGCACCCACCUCUACUUCAAAAGCAAAGCGCGACAUCCCCAGAGAGGUGCCCACGAAUUUCAAGAUGGGCGUUCAGAACCAAGUCAUGAACCCCGACCGCUGGUGGUGGAUGGGUCUGACAUUUACUGGUAUCGGUGGUCUGCUCUACUUUGGCCCCAGGAGAAUGUAA